CUAACAAAAACCUACGAGAACACAAAUCCUACGAGAAAACAAAUCCAACACAAAUCCUACGAGAACACAAAUCCUACAAGAACACAAAUCCAACACAUAACCCACGAGAACACAAAUCCGACACAAAUCUAGAGUGAGAAAGGGCCUCUCUUACCGCCGUGGAGUGGAGUGGAAGAUCUUGCACCAAUGAGGUUUUCUGCCUUGAUUCGGAAGUGAGAGGAUCUGGUUUCGGAAGAGAGGAAACAAGAAUGGAGGAGGAGAAUGGGUGAGUAAACGGGAAUGGAGGAAGAGAAUAGAUCUGGUUUCGGAAGAGAGGAAACGAGAAUGGAGGAGGAGAAUAGAGAGAGGAAACGGGAAUGGAGAACAGGUCUGGUUUCAAAAGAGAGCGAAUGGUUUUGAAAGAGAGGCAAUGGGUCUGAGACGAUUUCAUGUUGGGGAGAGGGGGAUGGGUAAACGAGCCGCCUUAAGUAAGGAAUCGUGACAUGGCGGUCAGACCUUGUUUGCCAUGUUACGGUGUGUGGUGUAUGCAGAGGAACUAGCUUAAGUGUAAACUUUCUCGUUGCAAAAUAUUAAAAAACCCUCAGAUUAACGUCUCCCGGACUUUCGUAAUAGAUAAGCUGGGAAAGCGAACGCCACUCCUACAAACAGAGACAAGGACCUGAAUGUCCAUCCCUCUGCAGGCUUUAUCUUUCCUAGUGUUGUUUAGUGGCUGUGGUUGCAUCCUCAACUUUCAAAUGCUUUCUCUGCGAAUUCUCUCAUUUCUCAACAGGCAACCAUUGUCAUCUCCACCAGUAUCUCUCUCCAACAAGCCCAUUAAUACAUUCAUCUCUCAAUCCUUAACAUAUGGUGAUGAUUUUGCGUUUAAGAAAGGAAGAGCACGGCCAUCUUCUUUUUCAUCCUAUAUCGUUCGUGCAGUGGAGAAGGAUUCACACCAGUUUGAGGUAGUCCCAGAUAAGGCUAGAGAAGCCCUCCAAGAGCUUGACCAGCAGCUUCAAUCCUUCUCCGAGAAAAAAAUCAGCCUUCCAAAGAUAAGAGCUUCAGAUGUGAAAUUUACUAAAGAGCAAAUGACCGAUCAAGAAGAAUUUUCAGAUUCUUAUCUAGCAUAUUCAGCUAUUGGUCUUGUACUUUUCACCAUUUUAUAUAAUAUAUUUUUUGAGACGGUAAUAAAAGCAGCUGUAGAUAUUCCAUUGGUAGCACCGGCUACUACAGCGGUGACAGAACCUUCCAAAGACCAAACAAGUAAUUAAAAGCAACAAUCAGAGCAUAGCAGUUUUGAAGCAGCUGCCACUUGACAUUAGUACCUGAGGUUUCCAUUCAACCAUGCAGUUUUGAUUUCCUAGAAGCAAUACUCAUAGGCAAGCUUUUGUUGAUUUGCUGUAAUUUCUUAUAACUUCCAAAGGAAUUUAGUUUCUGUUGUAAGAAUUAUUGUGUAUAUAUAUAUAUAUAUUUUUUUUU